UCAGUUAGUUUUCAAAUCUACAGCAGCUGACGGAGCUGUCAAAACAGCCGGUGAGCGAGUGUGUUGCUCUGCAGCGAUGAGGACGAGUGAGUUUGACUCUUCAUCUGAAGAAGAGGAGGCUGCAGACCAGCAGCUCGCACCCUUCCAAGUCUCCUGGGUACCUCUGUCCAUAGUGGAGAGCUCGCAGUUUCUGGGGAUUUGUGCACUACCAGGCUGCAAAUACAAAGACAUCCGCCGGAAUCUGGAGAGAGACGUUGAGGAGCUGCAGAGCCAGGGGGUGCAGGAUGUGUUUGUUUUCUGCACCAGAGGAGAGCUGAGUAAGUACCGGGUUCCCUCCCUGCUGGAGGUGUACGUGCAGCGAGGUUUCACCGUGCAUCACACGCCCUUCCCCGACGGAGAGGCACCGCCGCUGGAGCUGAGCUGCAGGAUCCUGGAGGAGCUGCAGCUCAGCCUGCAGAGCAGCAGGAGGACCGUCAUACACUGCUACGGAGGCCUGGGACGCUCGGGAUUAAUCGCCGCCUGCCUGCUGCUGCAGCUCUCUGUAACGAUGACUCCUAACAAAGCCAUAGAGAUCCUCAGGGAGCACCGAGGAGGAGGAGCCAUUCAGACGGUGAAGCAAUACAACUUCCUGCAUGAGUUUCGGGAAAGGUUCGCAGCGUACCAGCAGAGCAGAGAGUUUGUUUCCAGAGAGCGCUGCGUGUCGCGGUGAAAAUUAAAUAUUUAUUUCUGAAAACUAGAUGAAAACGUGAUUCACAUGGGGGGAUGGGGUGUGUGUGUGUGGUGUGUGUGUGU